AUGGAGCCGCCGCCGUCCGCUGUCCGCCCGCCGGACGUGCGUCAUGCUGCGUACGAGUCGCGCAUCCAGGACCUCCUUCUCCUCGUCGAGAUGAACAAGAAGGUCGCGGCCGAGGCGCUCAAGUGCAGCUCGGCCACGGCGCAGAAGCUCGAGGACGUCACCAUGUACCAUCACGCCCAAGUCGCCGUGUGGCGAGGACGUAUGGAAGCCUCGUUGCGGCAGCGCCGGCAGCAGCGCUGCAAAGCCAGCGUCUUUGCGACCCUUGUCCAGCAUCAACGUCGGUACCAGCAACUCCGCCGUCUUGUCGCGCUUCUGCACCACCACAGAAUGCGGCAGGCGUGGCACCGGUGGAGCAUGCUGCUGCAGCGCCCAGGCAUUGCAGUGCCAUCAGUUCAGUGGCCAAUGCAAGCGCUCUUUCUGCGAUGGCGCAACCAUUUCCGAAGUCGCCGGCGGCUUCGACGGCUCUGGACACCCAUCUUGCGACGCUUUUACGAACGACGGCUUGCGCAAGCCCUGGUGCGGUGGCGGCUCCAGGCCAAAGACGAACAGCUGCAAAUCUGGAUCGAGUGCCUCAAGGGAGCCAAUGUUGCCCUGGAGGAACAGGCCAAAGCGUACGAAGAUGCGUUUGCCGAGACGCAAGCCGCCCACACCCGCGAGUACGCCAUCGAGCAGCGCCGGUACCGCCGUCUCGACCAAACCAACGAGGUGUGCCUGACAUUUCGACGGUGGGUCGGUCUCUGUCGCCUUCGGCAUCGACGCGCCGACCUCGUCGCGUACCGUCAUCGCCUGCAGCAGCAGCAGCUGCAGCGCACGGUCCUCGCACAAUGGCAGCGCGUGCACCAACGUCAGCGCCACGCCACACAACUGGUGCGCGUCGUCCGUCAAAGCCGCGUGCGACGUCUGUUGAACCACUGCUUUCGCGAAUUGCGGUGGUCGGCCGACCAAGUGCGAAGAUUGCGACGUCUCUGCUGCCGGCGCUAUCGCAAUCACUCGCGCCUCGCCUGGCAGCGCUGGCAGCACAGUGUGCACGCGCGCGGGACGUACACUGCGCUGCAAGAGAGCCUCGUGGUGGUGCACGCCGACCAUCGGCUGGCGCUAAAGAGGCUGCAGGACGCGCGCUCGAUCUUGUCGUCGCACAUGGCCACGCUCGUCCACCGCUUCAAGGCAGCAAGCGUGCGCCAGCGAAGCUUCAUGCAGUGGAAGCGCAUUCUUCUUUGCCGUCGUCAGCUCCGAAGUUUGUGUGUCGUCUACCAGCGCUCGGUGCAGCUCCAUCUACAGCUUGCGCUUGCACGCUGGCACCGACACACGACCGUCGCGCGCUCGACACAGCGGUGGUUGCUCCGUGAUCGACGGGCGCAUGGACGUCGGCGGGUUAAGCGGCUAUGGGCGGCGUGGGUGCGCCAUGCACAGUGCGGUCGCCGGCGCAAGCAACGGCGCUUCCUCGCCGCCAGUGUGCUCUACAUGUGGCGGCAGCACACUCGCACUUGUCAAGCACAGCGGGUCGGCGCACAGCAUAUUCUGCAUGUUCUCUUGCGAGCCCGCUGUCGCCACCGGUUCGCACAGUGGCGUCGACAGCACGCCCACCAGGUCCGACUUCGGUCGUUUCAACGUAGUCAGCGCCGGCGCCAUCUCUUUGUCCUCUUUCGCGCUUGGAAUCGCUACGCGGUUUGCCGUCGCCGGCUCGAGAAGCACACGUGGCGUCUCUGGAUGCAAAAGCGGGACGCACGGCGCGACGCCAAGACCAAACGCCGGUGCUUUCGGCUCUGGCACCUCCGCGUUGAGCAGCAGCACCGCGUAUCGCGGCACGUCGAGCUCUACCAAGUCCAGCGGUACAACCACAACGCCAAGUACCGCGUUCAUAUGCGGUGGAAGCAGUGGUUUCUGCGUCGACGGGCGAUUCGGAGAGCCCUUCAACGUGUGUUGCGGCGGUUGCUCACGUUGAAGCCACUGGCGCGCGCGCUGGUGCAGUGGAAGCGACAUCGCUGUGGCCUCCACGCACAGCACUCUCUUGUGCGCGGGACCCGGUCCAUCGCACAGCGUUUUUGGUUCAAGUACCUUAGCGAUGCCCAACGCACGCUCUUGCGCCUCUGCUUUUGUGGCUUGCGCGCCUACCGAUGGCGGGCCGAGUACCACGGCCGGCUUGCGGCGCACGCAGCCGCGCGGCACGGACACUGGAACACGCGACGGCACUUCCUGCGCUGGCAUGCGUUCUAUAGCCGCGGGCGCCAUCGGCGGCAAUGGCUGCGUCAUUGGUGUGCGUCACGCCGACCACGCAUGGCCAAGUGGUUGGCACUCGAACACUGGCGGCAGUGCCUCUGGGGCGACCGUGUUCGGCGACUCGAACGUGGCGCGAUGCAAUCUCAAGCCAAGUUGGCGACGCUUCUUUGUGCGCAGCAGAGCCACCAGCAUCUGCGCGUCGUGUUGCAAGUGUGGCACCGCCAUAUGCACCGAGACCGACUCGGACGCGACACGCUGCGGCGACUCCUACACCGCCGCUACGUGGUGCGGCUGCGUUUGGCGUGGUUGGGUUUGCUCACGAUCCGCCCCAUCACCAACGCCCGCGCCAUGGACCGCUGGCUCGGUCAGCGCAGUGCGCGGCGCGCACGGCUCGCGGUUCUGGGCACUUGGCGGCGAAAAGUCGUGCACCGUCGACGGGUGCAGCGGCUCCUCUUGCGUCUCGUCGUGGCGAUCGAAGAGCGUGCUGCGCGCUUUGCGUUUGUUCAGUGGCGACGCGCGUCCCAUGGAUUUCAAAUCAAGUACCAGCGCUACGUAUUCACGUCGUACAUCUACACUCGCCUGGCGCGGCAAGCGCGGCUUCGCCGACUCAAGCUCCUCUUUGCCCACUGGGCGACGUACCAUGAUGCCCACACGCGCGCGCGAGCCAAGUACGAGGUGCGUGCGAUCACGUGGCGAGCGCAGUGGCAGCGCCGUAUCGUUCAAACAUGGAACGACCGGGCGGGAUGCUGGCGCCGACAAAGACAAAUGCUACGACGCCUUCUUUCCGCUUGCACGAUGCGCCGGACGCAAGCUGCAUGGGCGCAUUGGCUACGAACUAUCCACGCCGCGCGACUGGUGCAAAGUUGGCAAGACGGUGUCGACGCUGCCCGGGGUGUCAAGACCGCGCUAGCCGACGCCAAGAUUCACGCGUGGCGCACACGCCUUCUCCAAGACCACCUCUGGAUGUGGAAAGCUGUGACGGUGACGCGACGCGACCGCCUCGUGCUGGCGUGGAGAGAGUGGCACGACGUUUGGCAGCGCCGGCGUCUGCAGUACCGCGCCACUACGCUGCGUACGCAGAGUGUCCGUUUCCACUGGUGGCGGCGCCUCGUGCUCGGUCGCGGCUACGUCCGCAAAACAUUAUUGCAGGUCGCGCGUCGCUGGGCGCAACACCGCCUACGGCUCGGCUUCAACAGUUGGCUUCACUGCCUCCGCCGCACCAUCCACACCGAGUGCCUCCACCGCGUCAUGGUGAUCCAAGCCAUGCUCGAAGCCACCGAGUGCGAGAAUAGACGGGAGGCAACGCUACGCCCCCUCCUGCACCACUGGCGACGAAGCGCCCGCGCGCAAAAGCUCGGUCGCAAACAAGUUCGCGAGCAGCGUCAGCAGCUUGUAAGGACUCUGUGGCGCUACUGGAAAUGCCGGGCUCGGACGCGACGCAUCGCGAUGGGCAAGGCACUGCGCUGCCGUUGGCAGUUGUCAGCGUCGGUCGUGGCGAUCUGGCGAGGCUUUGCAGCGAAGCGAGUCGUCGCCCGGCAACGCCUCCGUCGCCUCGGCGCGCUGUUGUCGCGCAAGCACCUCUACCGUGUGUGGUCGUCGUGGCAGACCUUCCUUCGCGACGCUGAUGGACGCACUGCCAAGUUGCUUCUGCAAGCCGAGAUUGAAAAGCGUCGCGCCGACGACGCACUGCGCCAAAGCCGCAUUCUGCAGUACGUUCACAUGGCAUGCAGCGCCCAAGGCUUGCAGCUGCUUGCGAAAACCGUGGCUGCCUGGAAACAAGCAGCAACGACAUCCAAAGCACACCGACGCCGCGCCAAGCGCCGGCGUCUGCACCACUGCUUCCUCACGUGGGCGUCCACCGUCGCCAUCCAGCGUCAUCAAUGGCUGCAAGCAGCGUGGCGCGGCUGGUGCUUCGGUGUUCAUGCGGCUCGGAUCCAGCGACACCUCUUGGUGCACGUGGCAGCUCGGCACCUCAAACGUCAAAGUGUCGCCCUCCUGCGUCGCAUCUGGUCGAGUUGGCGAGACGUUCUCCAUGCUUAUGAGAGGCAGGUCGCGGUGUGUUGUCGUCGCUACGAACGCCGCCUCGUUGCCCGCUGCAUGCGCCACUGGCGCGCCUCGACAACUGCCGCCGGUCAUCAUACCAUGUCGGCUCUACGGCUUGUGUUUCAACAGUGGAAGCAGUACCACCGCCUGACGACGCAGUGGGCGGCCAAGCAGGUGGUCGCCGCGCGCCAUGCGAGCAUCCUCAUGCAUUGGCGAUCGCUGCGGUCGCCGGCGACGAUGCUUCAAACGUGCUUGCUCGCAUGGCGCACGGAUGUCUUUGGUCCCCGAGAGCGACUCCACUGGCGUCCAGAUGCGCUGGAGCACGCCGGCGCGACACUCGUGGCCAGUGUCGCGACGUGGUUCGACGCGUACCAAACCCACUGCGUGCUCCAGCGCUGGCGGUCGCAUGCCUCCGCUCGAAAAGAACACCGCGCGCAGCAGCUCGCUCACAUGACAAAGCGGACGCAUAUCCAACGUCUCCAAGCUGCAUGGACAUCCUGGAAGGUACACCACGGGACGUGGAGCACGGCGCGGCGCGUGGCGCAGCUCUGGCGUGUCGGUCAAGCCAAGCGCGUUCUGCUGCGCUGCUUCCACGCGUGGACGGCACUGGCUUCUGCGCAAGUGGCCCACCACAAUGCGCUGCUCGGCCUCACACGCUGGGUACGGCGAACGAUGCAGCGCCGGCACCUCCUCCUCUUGUGCCUGCACGUGUGGCGGGCGAGUCUGCCGGCACGCAUGCGCACGACCGACGUCGGGACCACUUGCGAUAUACCGACACCGCUACCGUCCACAGCACUGACGACGCUCGUAACGCUUGUAGACCGGUGCGCGACGUUUCAACGCCGGCGCGCCAAGGCGGCCUUCUGGAACUGGUAUCUGGUCACGCACGACCACGGAAGCGACACCGUCGCCGUCGACGUCGACGUCGGCGCACGUCUUGCCCACACGCUCCUCUUGCGGAGCAGCAGCCAUGUGGACCGCAAAAAGCAGCGGCAGUGGCUCAUGCACUUCUUCACGCAGCAGAGCCAUGCGAAUUUGCUGCGACGGAGCUUCGAAGGCUUUAAGCGGUGCCACUCGAUCGCGGUCCGAUCGCAUCGGCUCGACAGCCAAGCGCAGCUCGUGCUCGUCCAGUGCCUCCAGAUCAUUGGCCAACUCCACGUGCGUCGGCGGUUCCACCAAUGGAAGUCGGCGUACAUUGCGCUCGCGCUCGCCCAAGCCCAGGAGGAGCACGCGGUGCUCAUGGACGCUCUCCACGACAUUGCGAAAUACCGCCAUUCGUUACUGCCCUAA